UCGCCGCACUGGCGGGCGGGGGUUGCGCCGGGCCCGGACCCCAGCCUCCCCGCUCGGGUCCGCGGCCCCGGGGCGCGCUCCCUCCCGAGCCACCCGCUCCGCGAGCUGGGGCGCCCGUGGGGACGGAGGAGCCCCGCGGGAGACGCGCCCGGGGAGCUCGGGGGGGCGCGUCUCUGUCACCGCCGCCUGCCGCGGUGCCCGUCGGGGUUCGCGCCGUGAAGUUACAGUUUCAGUGACAAUAAACGUCACUCUCCGCGCGUCUUUGAUAUGGAUCAGAAACUUUCAGUGUUGGUAGAAGAGCUCACGACUUCAGGAGAAUCCCAGUUGAAUCCUGAGAAAAUGAAAGAACUGAAGAAAAUUUGCAAGUCGUCGUUGGAGCAGCUGCGCCAGGCCCACCGCCUUCUGAUGACCCAGCUGAGUGUGGAGCACGCCGAGGUCCGCCUCUCUGCCUUCCACGUCGUUGACGAGCUCUUCACCAGGUCGCACCAAUUCAGGAUGUUGGUUGUGUCCAGCUUCCAGGAGCUCCUGGAGCUCACGCUGGGGACGGACCACGUGCGGCCCCUGCCCCCGCCCCGGGAGGCCGCGCAGAGGCUAAGGCAGGCCGCCGCCCGGGCCGUCAUGGGCUGGAGCGAGAGGUAUGGCGAGGCCUACAAGAAGCUGGCCCUGGGCAUCCACUUCUUGCAACACAACAAGAAGGUGGAUUUCCAGGACGUGAACGUCAGGACCGUUGCUGAAAGAAAGAGAGAAGAGGAGAAGCGAAAGCGCCUGGACGCUAUCUACAAAGAGCGAGCCGGGCAUGCCGAGCGGGGGAUGAAAGAAAUGUCUGGAGAAAUCAGGGCCUGCCUGACAGAGCUGGAUGGCUGCUUUCGACUGCUGGUGCCGUUCGACUGGGCCCCUGCCGAGGGCAGCCCCCGCCCCCCGAGCCCGCUCAGCACCAAGAGCUCCCUGGACGGGGAGCAGCCAUGCUGCAGCAAAGACCUGCCUGCCUUUCCACACCAUCUGGGGGCCGGGGGGCAGAGGCCACCCCGGGAGGGUCCCCCAGAGGCAGCCGCAGGGGCCCCAUCCGAGGACGAGAGCGAGGACGAGGACCAGAACCAGGAAGACUUUGUCCGGAGCCACGGGCUGGGCUCACACAAGUACACGCUGGACCUGGAGCUGUCCUCAGAUGACCUGAAGGUGCAGGAGAGUGAAGACAACAGUGCCAUCGUCCAUGCUGCCCGCGACGCCCUCAGGCUCAUCCACAACAAGUUCCUGCCUGCCGCGAGCUCCUGGGUGCAGCUGUUCACCCGCGCUGGGAUCCACGACGAGCGGUUGAAGCACGCCAUUGAUCUCAAGGCGGAGUUGGACGUCGCUGUCAGGAAGUCCCGGGACCUCAACAUCGGACCUGCAGGGGUACAGAGGACGGCGGAGGCCCCGGACAGCGGGGGUGAGGACGGCGAGGACGAUGAGGACGACGAGUUUGUGGAGGUCCCAGAGAAGGAGGGCUACGAGGCCCAGGUCCCCGAGCUCCUGUGGCCCGAAUGUGGGCUGGAGCCAGCACCGCCCGCCCAGGCCCCGGAGAGAGCGCGGGCGGGAAGGUCCAGGGCCCAGGGCCUGCCCACGGAGCCCAGGACCACCUGGGACGCGGAGGCAUCGGACCCCACCUCUGCUGCCGCCCAGCUGCUGCUGCUCCGGGACCGGCUGCCCGCGCCUCCGGCCCCCAGCCCUUCCACGGCACUGCCUGGAGCAGCCGAGACCCAGAGGCUGGCUGCGGAGCGUGCCCAGGCACCCGUCGUGCCCUUUGGCGUGGACCUGUGCUACUGGGGCCAGGACCCACCGACGGCCGGGAAGAUUCUCAAGUCCGACUCCCAGCACCGCUUCUGGAAGCCCAGCGAGGUGGAGGAGGAGGCAGACAACGCAGAUGUCAUGGAGGCGCUCCGAAGCCGCCGCAUCACCUUCGCGGGCACCUUCGAGCCUGUGCAGCACCAGUGCCGUGCCCCGAGGCCCAACGGCCAGCUCUGCGCACGCCAGGACCGGCUGAAGUGCCCUUUCCACGGGAAGAUCAUCCCCCGAGAUGACAGGGGGCAGCCCCUGGACCCUGAGGACAGGGCCAGGGAGCAGAGGCAGCAGCGGCAGCGCCCGGCCUGGCAGGACCCCGAGUUCAUGAAGGACGUCGAGGCAGCCACAGGGGUGGAUCUGGGCUCAUCCCGGCACAGCGGGAAGGGCAGAGGCAAGGGGAGGAAGAGGAAGUACCCCAGCCUCACGGACCUGAGGCAGCAGGCCGACACCGCCCGUGCACGCCUGGGCAAGAAGGUCUUCGCCAAGGCUGCCAUGCAGAGGGUUGCCUCGGCCAUGAACCAGAUGGACCAGAAGAAGCACGAGAAGUUCGCCAACCAGUUUAAUUAUGCCCUGAAUUAAAGGCUAUUCCUCUGGCCACAGCUCCACCCUCCCUCACUGCCGUGGUCGGAUUGCAGAGCAGGUGCACUGUGUGCACCACAUCACUCAGGAACCGCGGUGACUUGGGUGGACUGUGUACAGUGCAUGGUAUGUGGACGUGCCCCGUGGUGGGCACCAGGCCCUGCCAGCUGGGCAGAAAGACCCUGGGAGCCCCCAGGGUGGAGCCGGCAGCCAUGUCCCUGGUGGGGCCUCUCCUCACACGGCUUGUGCACUCUGCAACAUCUGGAAUAGAUGGAUGUACCUGCCAAUUCCCACCUGGAAAAUACUGGGGGUUGGACAGUCUCUGAUUUCCUGUCUCCUUCCCAGGAGGUGACCACUGAUUGCUGGGGUCCUUUUGUCUGGCUACACCCCAGUGAUGUACAGAGCCCGUGUCAUGGCCCUUCUUGUGUGGAGACUCCCACGAGGCACCACGGUAGUGGCUGCCUCGCUUUGCUUUUUUAAUGACAGCUGUAUUGAGGUAUGACUCGUGCAGUAUAAAACUCUCCCCUUCAGAGGGCGCCAUUCAUGGACUUUGGUGUGUUCACAGAUGCGUGAUGUGCCCACAGAUCGAUUUUAGAACAUUUUCUUUACCCAACAAGACACCCAGGACCCUGUUCCCCCUUCUGCCCGCCCUUCCCCCAGCCCCUGGCUGCCACAUCCAUUUCCUGUCUCUGAACAUUUCACGUAGAUGAAAUCAUGCAGUUCAUGGUCUUCUGCAUCUGGCUUCUUUGACCAUGUUCUUGAGGGCCGUCUGUGUCGUGCUAGUUUAUUCCUUUACGUGGCCGAAUAACUUUCUGUUGUAUAGAUGCACCAUCCUUUGUUUCUCCACUCAUCUUUGACAUUUGGAUUGUUUCCACUUUAUGGCUACUGUGAAUAAUGCUGCUAUGAAUAUUUGCAUACGAGAUUUUGUGUAGACACAGGUUUCCAGAUCUCUUCGGCAUACACCUAGGAGUGGAAUUGCUGGGUCAUCUGGUAACUCUUCAUUUAACCUUUUGAGGAACUGCCAAACUGCGUCCCUCCGCAGCUGCACCACGUCACAUUCCCACCAUCAGCAGGAGGGUUCCAGUUUCUCCACAUCCAUUGUCAACAUUUGUCUUUUUAAUUUUAGAGGUACCAUCUCAUUGUGGUUUUGAGUUGCAUUUUCCUAAUGACUAAUGAUAUUGAGUAACUUUUCAUGUGCUCAUGGCUAUUUGUAGAAAUUCUUUGGGAACUAACUAUUCAAAUCCCUUGCCCAUUUUUAAUUGGAUUAUUUGUCUUUGAGUUGUAAGAUUUUUUUUUUUAAUAUAUUCUGGAUACUAGAGCUUUAUAUGAUUUGCAAAUAUUUUCUCCCAUUCUGUCUUUUCACUUUCUCAGUAGUGUCUUUUCAAGCACAAAUGUUUUACAUCUUUGAUGAAGUCCAAUUUAUCUCAUUUUCUUUUGUCGUUUGUGCUUUUGAUGUCAUAUCUAAGAAACCGUUGUCUAACCCAUAGCCACAAAGUUUACACCCACUAUUUUUCUAAGAGUUUUAUAGUUUCAGCUCUGGCAUUUAGGACUUCAAUCCAUUUUGAGUUAGUUUUUGUGUGUGGUGUGAGGUAGGGAUCCAACCUCAUUCUUUUGCAUGUGGCUGUGCAGUUGUCCCAGCACCAUUUAUUGAAAAGGCUGUUCUUUCCUCCGUUUAAUUGUCUCGUCACACUUAAUCAAAAUUCAUUUUACCAUAAAUGCAUGGGUUUAUUUCUGGACUCGAUUUCUUUUAUCUAAGUGUCUAUCCUUAUGCUAGUACCAUAUAGGCUUGAUUACUGCAGCUUGUAGUAAGUUCCAGAUUUGGAGAGUGUCAGUCUUCCAUCUUUGUUCUUUUUCAAGAUCAUUUUGGUUAUACUGGGUUCCUUGCAUUUCCAUGUCAGUUUUAGGAUCAGCUAGUCCAUUUCUGAAAAAAAAAAAAAAAAAAAGCAGCUUGGAUUUU